CCUUAGGUACAGUACUUGAGUAAACACACUCACCACUGGGUACAAAUAUUUAAUAUAUCAUUUUUGUUUAAUAUGUGUAAUUUAUCACAACUCCAGCAGGGGUGGUACUUGAGCAUUUUUGGAUAUUGCCCGACUAACAUUAAAUCAAACGAAGAAAAAAACGAACCAAAGCAGCAGCAGCAGAAGAAGAAGAAUAAGAGUGAAAACAGGAAUAACGGCCUGACGCAGUUAGUUGCAGGCAGUAUGAAUUAGGAUUUGCCGAGAAGUAAUGGUUAUCUGCAACGGACUUUGGAUGCUGCCGUCCACGCCGGUGUACAAGGUCUGUGUUUUGAUUACGGGAACCACGUAGUAGUCCAGUGUCACGGCUCCGUGCUGUCAGCUGAAUCACUGUUAUUUGGUUUGGUUAAGAAGAAUGCAGCGGCCACGGAGCCCCACUUCUCUUUAAGCUCCCUCGAUGAACAUGACCUCCAUUUUUACGGCGGAACAGCGUUGUGCAUUUUAAAGUAACAGUUAUUUUUAGCCAUGGCGACCGACUUUGUAAAGAAGUUUGUACAGAUGUGUAAUUAUCUCCAAGACCCCCGCCAUGUAGCGAGGUUUCAAAACGUUUGCGGCGUGAAAGGGACAUUUCCGGUUAAAGAGACCAAGCCGGACAGUGGAGAGUCGGAGCCGGAGCGUCCCGGGCUGAGGAAGAGGCUGCAACAGGGGGGACCAAGCUCCGACCUGGGUGUAGGGAAUGGAGCAGCCGGGGAUGCCACCGCACCGCAGGUUAACGGGCUGCAGGGUGACAUUACCGCCAGGCCCGAUGGUCCAGCAGCAGCAGCUGAUGUCGACCCAGACGCCGCCAGAGCGAAACCCCUCCGGAAAAACUCCCUGACCGGAGAUCAGGGCCAAGAGUUCCUGAUCCACAACAAGUUUCUGUUCUACCUGUUCACGUUUGGGACUGAGCUGGGCAACGAGAUGUUCUUCAUCAUCUUCUUCCCGUUUCUCUUCUGGAACAUCGACGCUCUGGUAAGCCGGAGACUGAUCGUAGUCUGGGCCUGGAACCUGUUCGUGGGACAGUCCACCAAGGACAUGGUCCGCUGGUCCCGGCCGGCCUCCCCUCCUGUGGUGAAGGUGGAGGUCUUCUACAACUCAGAGUACAGCAUGCCGUCCACGCACGCUAUGACGGGGACAGCCAUACCCUUCUGUCUCUUCAUGCUGACUUAUGGACGGUGGCAGUACCCAUUCCUCUUUGGCUUCGGUGUGGCUCUCAGCUGGAGUGUCCUGGUCUGUGUAAGCAGAGUCUACAUGGGGAUGCAUUCCAUUUUGGAGGUAAUCACUGGCUUCCUGUACACCCUCCUUAUUCUGGCCUUUUUCCAGCCAAUUCUGGAGAAGAUCGACACCUUCUACAUGAUGGGCCACUAUGCUCCACUUGUGAUCAUCGUGUCACAUGUGAGCCUGGGACUUGUGGCUUUCUCUCUGGAUUCCUGGAGCACCUCUCGGGGCGACACAGCUCAGGCUCUGGGCACCGGGGCAGGAGUUGCCAUCGCUACCCAUGUGAACUAUCAGCUGGGGCUGCUGCUGGAUCCACCACUGUCCUCACUUCCUCUAACUUUCCCACCACUCAGCGUCGGCUUGGUGUUUCUCUCCCUGCUGCGCUUCGUCAUCGGAGUUGUCGUCAUCCUAGUCACGAGAAUGAUCAUGAAAGCAGUGACUAUUCCGUUCUUGUGUCGACUGUUCGGGCUGCCUUCAGAUGAUGUAAGACAGGCGAGGCAGCAGAUGAAAGUAGAGCUGCCGUACCGUUACAUGGUCUACAGUGUUGUUGGUUUUAGUUGUGUCUGUGUGGUGCCUCUCCUCUUAAGGAUCCUAAACCUUGCCUGAGUGUUGUGUGCAAACUGUCAUUUACUGCUGACAUGUUCACCUACAUGGUGAAGGCAAAGAGCACUUCGAAACCUGCUGCUUGUUACGACACAAGAUAAAGCUUGUGUUUCUGCACAGCAGAAGUUGCUUUGAAGAAUAAUUAUGGUGAUAUUCUAUAUUUUUUUUGGUUUGCCAGUAUUUCUCUGUGCCAUGGAGCUCCAUUGUUAUCCAAAAGUAAUAUGAUAAAGUAUUAAUACCACAUCAAUGAGCUAAAACCCUGCAGUUUAUACUGAGUUGAUCCCACAUAUGCUAUUUUCAAGCUGUAAAUGCACAAAAUGUGCAUCAAUCCACAGCUGAAAAGAAUCUGCAACAAAUACAGUAUUAACUCAGUCAGUGGCCAGCUGCUGUAUGCAAUUAUUUUGGCUUUAAAAAAUGAAAGUAUAUAUUUGUGAGCCAUUUUAAAAGAUUUACAUUUUUAACCAGAACCAAAGCCACAGACAGGGUGGGUAGUAAUGGAUUACAUGUAAUCAAAUUAUAAAAAUAUAGUUAAAGUAUAGAAUUUUUUUAAAUUAUGAUACCAUUUAUCAAAAUUGUGAUUUAACAAAUUUUUUUUUUUUCAUUUCUAAAUUGUUUUUGUUUUUUUUAAGAUGUUUUUCUUCCUUUUUUAUUUGCACUGAAAAUGGAAGAUGAACAUUUUGAGUAAGCGCUCCUCUUGUGUCACCAGAGCAAAGUCCUCCAUUUAAUCAAAAACAGCAGCCAAAUGUACACAAAAGAAGCAGCAUCCCACGUGUUGAAGAAUUCCCACAGUAAACCUGUAGUUUGUGCCAGUAUUGAAAGGGUAAUUUGGUUACUAUUUACAUUCUCUAGAUGCUGAAUAUGCAAAAUGCAUUUUAUUUGCAUUGAAAAUAAGAUGUUCAAAGAGAAAUGAUUUUUGUGGCUGUGUCCUUUUCUUUAGUAAAAGGUGCAAUAUUUUCAAUAUUUGAUUUUGAAGUUAUCCAAAAGUAUUCAGUGGAUUACAUCAGUAAUAAAUAUAUAAUUUGCAUUCAGUAAAUGAUCUGACCUAACCCUUCCCACAGACAAGAUGUAAAUUGUUGAGAGACAGACUGAUGUUUUGUUGGUUUUGGUCUUUUUCUUGGGAUUUGUUGACAAUAACAAUAUAGAACAUCACCAGCCUUAUCCUUUAAAAUCCUCCUGUGGACGACACAUUUAAGUGUUAACUGGAACUUUGCAAAUACGAUGUACUGUAAUGAUGCUUGCAUUCAUUAAUGAGGACUCUAUUGUACAUUUACAUAAUUGAUUGAAAUAUAUAAUAACAUGUUAUCAGACAAUUCAAUGCUCUAUAAUAAACCAAAUCGUGAAUCAGUAAUGCGUGAAGUCACUUCACUUCUCAUUUAUUGCCAUGCUUAAAUUAAAUCAGUCUGGAAGCAGUAAAAUAGGCUUUAAGUAUUCAAGCUCACAGUCACAUGAUCUCUAUUUAAAUCUGGAAGAUUGAAAAAGCAGGUCUGUUGUAUUAAGUUUUUUCUACAUUAUUAUAGUCAGCAUUAUCUCAUUGCCUCCUUUUUGUACGUUUUUGUGCUUGUUUCAAAAACAUUUGUAAUUUUGGUCCAUGUUUAAGUUAAGUGCUCUGAAUAAUCACAUGAAAGCAUAAAAUUGAAAUAACAUAUUUUUGAUAAAGUAUUUUUCCUUCUUGACUAACUGAAGCUGAAUUGUUGCUAUAGGGAAAAAAAUAUAAGUAAAAUAUUACUCACACUUGAUUUAUAAAAAUUAUAUUUAAGACAUUACAAUUCAGCUAAAUAUAAAAACAAUUGUCUGAAUGUUUCAAUUGAUAUUUGCUGUUGCUAAUGUCCCAAUAAUGAUUUGCUCUAAUAUUUAUGUAAAGAUAUUAAUGCCACAGCAUUUAUACAACCCUGAUUCCAAGUUGGCAUGCUAUAUAAAACGUAAAUACAAAUGACAUCUAUUUUAUUAAGUUUUGAACAACGUCCCAACCUUUUUGGAAUUAGGGUUGUGCAUGUAUCAUAAAUACUCAUGUCUAGGCCUAUUAUUACCAGCCAUUCCCACGUGUUUUUUUUCUGUUGUGCAAAGACUGUAACCUUUGGAAAAGUAUGGAAACAAGGAGAAUAAAAUGUUCCAAAAAUAAUAAUAAUAA